CAAACUCCUGUUUUACAUUACUUCUCACCAUCUGCAUUUAAGCUCUUUGGAAAUGGAAAUCCCGAGAAAUCCACACCAUUUGUCUCCUCCACAUCAAAAUUAGCUUAUUUGAAAGCAUUGCUGUCUGCUGAUGCUGUUAAGAGACAUCACCAUGUUUACUGUUUAUUCCGCACCGAUAUUUAAGAAUCUGAUGAGUUGGAAACCGCCAUGGAAAUGAAGUUUACGAGUUCGUGUUCUAUUCGAUCUUCCAUGUGAAGCUGUAGUGGCUGGGAUGAGGAGCAUUCAGAAGAUCAGGAUCGGCAACUCAUAUACGCAGCUCUACUGUUGCUGCGUCAUUGCUUGCUUCUGUUCUGUGAAUGAAUGACAUCAGUUUCAAAAAUUUGUCGAUCGAGUCAUAGCCCCCAGAGAGAGUAGACAGAGAAUUUUGUUUUGGGGAUAUUUGGUCUAUUCUUAAAAAAGGGUUUGGUGUAAUUCGCAGCCAAUAGAGUCUAGUCAAUUCUGCUCCAUUGAGGCAUUGAGGACUUCUCUAGCAGAGGGAGCUCAUGUUUCAUGUAGCUGAUGAUUCCAAUAGUUUUUGUUCGUCUCCAGAAGUCCAGAUUGGGACAAUAUCCGGUUCAACCUUAAUUAAGCCGGAGUAUUCCAAUAAUUUUUGUUCGGCUCCGGUUCAGCAUUACCCUAUGUCCUAUCCUGCUAUCCAUCCAUGAUCCAUCUGACCAUUUCUCCUCGGUCUGCGUUUCUCUGACGCCUCACGUCUCACCUCUCGGCGGUGGUGGUGGGGAGUGAAGUGAAUACUGAAUAGGAAGUAGGAAGGUGAUGGCUGCAGCAGCAGUUUUGAAAGGCGGUGCUCUCCUGCUUUCGUGUAAAACCUGGUGCUUCCGUUCUACACGCACCAGCUUGUCAUCUUCGCACGGAAAUGGUAAUGGGGCAGUGGUUGGAUCCUUGCUUCUCAAAAGAACCAUAAGGGCGUCCUUUUCUCCUUCGCCUUCUCAGUUCUUUCGUCGGGCAUCGGUUAAAGCCACUACCGCUGCGUACACCAGCUCGGCCUCGGACGCUCCCCUUGCCUCCUCUGUCCCAUCUGCGGACUCUGCCUUGGACGCCCCGCAGCCGCAAGGCGAUUCUGGUGCGGAACGUCCGGCACCCUCAGCCGCACCGUCACCGGAUCAACUAAAGGAUGCGGUGGAUGCUUUGGACUUCAGGGUGGGCCGCAUCCUUAGAGCCUGGAGACAUCCCGAGGCGGAUUCUCUCUAUGUUGAAGAGGUCGACCUCGGUGAGCCCGAACCCAGGACGAUAUGCAGCGGCCUUGUCAAGUACAUCCCUCUCGACGACCUUCAGGGCAGACAAGUGGUUGUCCUUGCUAAUCUGAAGCCUAGAAAUAUGCGUGGGGUUAAAUCGAGUGGAAUGCUUUUGGCUGCUUCUGAUGCAUCGCAUGAGAAUGUUGAACUUCUUUUACCUCCUGAAGCUUCAGUUCCUGGUGAAAGAAUAUGGUUUGGCUCUGAAGAGAAUAAGGAAACCCAACUUGCUCCUGUGACACCUAACCAGAUUCAAAAGAAAAAGAUAUGGGAAUUGGUGCAACCUCAUCUCAAGACUGAUGAUUCUUGUGUAGCUGCCAUUGGGAUACAUCCCAUGCGGACGUCUGCAGGUAUGGUGGUGAGCAGAUCUCUGAAAAAUGCCAAUAUUAGCUGAUUAAGCCGGGCAUGUCUUGGUACUUUGAAUGCAAUGGAGUGGUCUUACUUGCUCAUGAGAUUGAUGCAAAGACCAUCCACUUGGGAUGCCAGAUGGUUAUUUUCUGCACUACUUUGUUUAAGAGAAAAAAAAGAAAAUGAGUAAUCCAUUACAGUUUUUACGAGAUUGGAGAGGUGAGGUUCCGUCUAUGUUAAUUAUCUUUAUUCAUUGACAUUCUCUAUGCACUCUUACGUUUGAUCUGCUGCUGCCCAGAAAUCAUUCAAACAGCCAUGCAGCUUGGCAAUCUAAGAUCUCCCUUUCGUUAUUUUUGGGUUCUUUUUGUAAUCUAGUAUCAACGUCAUUUGUUAUACUAAAACCCAUAUGGGCUCAAGUACCAGGAUGUGUUUGCCUGGACCUCCCAAAAGUCCAAGACCAUGACAGAAUUACAAGGUUGAUCCAUGUACCAAUUCUGAUGACUAUGAAUUCUGCGAUGUGAACCCUGUAAACUAUAGUUGCAUGCAUGGACUGUCGGAUUGCAAAUUUGCAACAUACUGUAGACGUGACACAGUGGACUAUGGCAAGAAUGGUUCAUUCAACUUGUUGAACUUGAAGUUAUGAAAUUUGUGGAAUUUAGUUA